AGGAACUGCACUUCUCGUCAAUUGUCUGCAGUGACAAGUGUGUGGGUCAUCAGUUGUCUGCGAAACUAUGGAGCUGGAACACAAGAAACCCAGAAAAUCCCGCUGUGGGUUCAGACACAGCAUUAUCAAAGAAUUCUUGGCAGAAUUUCUCGGGACAUUCGUAUUAGUUCUAUUCGGGUGUGGGUCAGCUGCCCAGACGGUGCUGAGCCGGGGGGCUUUGGGGGAGACCUUCACCAUUCACGUCGGCUUCACCUUGGGGUUGAUGAUGGCGGUCUACAUAGCCGGGGGAGUCUCAGGUGGCCACGUCAACCCUGCUGUGUCCCUGGCGAUGGUUAUCCUGGGCAAGCUGAAGGUGGUAAAGUUUCCCGUCUACGUGGUCGCACAGUUCCUUGGCGCGUUUGCGGGCGCCGCUGCCGUCUUUGGCCUUUAUUACGAUGCCUUCAUGGACUAUACCAGUGGAAUACUGUCAGUGACAGGCAUUAAUGCCACAGCUCACAUCUUUGCCUCCUAUCCUGCCAGACACCUCUCGGUACUCAAUGGAUUCAUAGACCAGGUGAUCGGGACGGGCAUUUUGGUCCUUUGCAUUCUGGCGAUCAUUGAUGGGAGGAACAUCGGAGCGCCCAGGGGGAUGGAGCCUUUGGCCAUAGGUCUUACCGUCAUGGCGAUUGGGGUGUCCAUGGGCUUGAACUGUGGCUAUCCCAUCAACCCCGCCCGGGACCUGGGCCCUCGCCUGUUCACCGCAGUGGCAGGCUGGGGCAUGGACGUGUUCAGCACAGCAGACUACUGGUGGUGGAUCCCUGUGGCUGGGCCCAUGGUGGGGGGCAUUGUGGGCGCAGUGGUGUACUUCCUCUUCAUUGAGCUGCACCACGCCAGACCUGAGGAGCAACAACAGGAGGAGGAGGAGGAGGAGGAAGAGGAGGAAGAGGAUGACAUCAAGGACAAGUAUGAGAUGAUCACCAUGAGCUAAUAGGGAGGCGAUUGGGGAGGGUCAUGUUGCAGGGAGCUUCUCUUUUCCUACUCCUGGACAAUAAAACGAGUGUCCCUGUCAACCAGCACUUUCCUCAUCGGUCCUGAGAAAGGACCUCUUUGUAAGUGUGCCGACAGAACACUGACAACCCUCCAGCCUCCAAACGCCCCCAACCACACUUUUCUCAAAUGUACUGUAUAUUUCACACAAUCAGAUUUCUACUGAGGAAGUCACUAUACAAGCCUGUAGAGAGCAGUCAGAUAGACAGACUUGCCCAUUUUUGUCAUCUGUCAAUGGACAUGCAAUUAUUCGUUGUGUGACAUAAAUGUUAUACUUCUUCAUGUAUCUAGUCAAUUUAUUUUGCAUACUUGUGGACAGUUUUAAAACUCAUUAUUUAAAGAAGAGUUAAUUUUGAGGAAUCCCCCAGAUUAAGGUCCCAUUUAGACGCCAUUCAUUAUUCUUGUCCAGUGGGAGUGGUUAGAUUCUGCCCCCACACACUUAUCCUCAAUCAGUUUAACUGUUUUCACUUCAUAGUUGGAGGGUAGAUUAGUCCUGGGGUCCACUUUUCCUGGAUCAGUUGUUAGGUGUAGUUGUUUUUUAAUUGUAUGUUGCAUGUGUAAUCCCUGAAGAAUCUCUUUAUCUAUUGUAUUAUUUGUUCUCUGUGACCAGUAACUUGCAUUGGCUAUUGGUCUCAUCUCUCCAGGUGCUGGGUAGGCUGAUGUCCGCCAGGGUUCCUUGAGUUUAUUGUUGAAAUAAUUUGUCACCACGAGUGCUCACAACCUACUGGUUGUUGUCUGUGAGAGAUACAGCAUCUUCUGAUUGGCACUUGCUUUCUCCUGUGGUACUGUGUGGCUCAGGAUAAGAAAUGUAGUUAUAUAUAUAUAUAUAUUUGACAGAAUGUCAAGUGUGUAUGACUCCAGUAGUAUGUCCUUUGCCCUCUUAGUGUGCCACUGGUACUUCUGUUUUUAAUAUUACGAGCAGUUAUUCUUUAGCCUAUGGGAUAACACAGUAACAGAGUAGACGGUCAUACAUAAAUUCUGUAUGACAGCUGUGGUGAAGUAUCUUUUUUUAUUUCCCAAUGCAAAUCUUCAGUCUGAGCAUGCCCAUAAAGCACAGAGCAAUAUUUCAUUGUAGCGCAGAUGAGAAGUCCCAUAAUUUUGUUUUUUGUUGUUGCUGGAAAUCAUCCAAGUUGUCAUUGUUUAAGUGAUGUAUGCAGACAUUAUUUCCACAAGAGCAUGACUAGAAAAUAGCAGGGGCUACCCGUAAGUAUAGGCACAUGGAUGCUGUCAUUCUGCAUUAUAUCUGUUCCAAUACACUUUAUCCCAUUGGAGGUCUCUUGUACGUUGUUAAAUUUUUGAUGGUCUGUCUAGUGUGUUUUAUGACUGUUUUGGCAAUUGUGGGAGCGCUGUAUGAAGUGCUAUUAUUUGUUUGUUUAUUGCCAGUGAUGAACCCCUGGAGAAAUAACACCCAUCACUGAGUUAGAUCUGAAAAAAUGUUUAUACUGAACCAUGGCAGUUAGCACGUAAACGCAUCACAGAGCCCCUUUGCACUAUCAGUUGAUACAUUCUACACUUGAUUUUAAGCUUGUUGUAGCCUCAUGAUUCCUGUUUCUUUUUAUUCUUCUUCCCCUAUUUCUCACAAAGUAUAAUAAAACCAAGUGGUGUUUAACUUGAAAAAUAAUGGCACAACUAAUUAAUUUGUCAAACGCAUUCAGUCACCUUUGCUUGGUUCCAACUGCCAAGCAAACUAGUCUGACUUUUUACCCUUUUUAUGACCUGUGACACAGAAUUCAGGUAUGCCUGAGUUUAUUCAGCUUUGUCGCAUAGUAAUAUAUCACUAGAGCUCCAUUCAGUCUGUUUUUCAGCCAUAACUGUUAUCCAUGUCAAAUAACCUGCGGGGAAAAAAAUCUGACUGCAGCUAGACUGAUGUGGAAUGGACAGGGCAGGAAUAUAUCGAAAAUAAAUUUGAUAUUGAAUGCAAUGCAAAUACAAUAUAUUCGUUGUCAGUGUAAUUAUUCCCUUUAGUCUGCCUGGUGCUGGACCUACAGCAUGAUUGAGAUGAUUAAGAGAAAAAAGAGGACUAGACAUGAAAAUAUGUUAGUUAAAUAUGUUAAUUAUAGCAUGAAAGUUAUAAUUACAUUUUAUAUCAUUGCAAUGUGUUCUACAUAUAUUGUAGAACGCAUUAAAACAUUACAUAAAUUAUAUGACAUGAUAUGCAAUAUUAAUUCAAUUGCAUACAUGAGAGUCAAUAAUUACUCUAUAUUAGUAACUAUAAAUUAAAUAUAAUGCAAUGGUCCAUGUGUUCCCUUAAUUUGAGCAGGACUUGGUAACCUAGAUUUUAGCUACUUCGUCAGGGAGAGGAGAGUGCACUGGCAAUGCCCCAAUGUCUGCCAUUUUCAAUACAGCAGUAAAGCCACUAUUUGUGAUCCACAAUUGAGUUGUUUUAGCUGGCUUACUGUUGAUCUUUGAUUGAGUUUGUAUACGAAGCCCCAGUCAUAUAUUAUGCAUAGAUGCUCUUUUU